CACAGGAAAAUGAUAGUGUUUCUUGUACUGUGUUACGUUGUGGUCUCAUUCGGCUGCCGGCAGACCAUCGACAAACACACAGUUAUACCAAAUACCCCGGUAAUGGCUGCCAACGUAAUCUCGUGUCCACAAGAUGGUCCAUUGGUUACCAAUCCAUCUGGUAGCUUCCGAGGGUCCUGGAUGGAAACACGUCGAGGUCGUCGAUUCGAAGCUUACCGCGGCAUCAGAUAUGCUGAGCCACCAAUCGGAAACUUGAGAUUCCAGCCACCUAAGCCGAUUCUCCACUAUGAUGGUGAAGUAGACGCCACGAAGGAUGGUCCAGCCGCACCACAACCAGCUCCUGCAGGGUACUACAUAGAUGAGGACUGUCUGAUCAUCAACGUGUAUACCCCAAGUCAUGACAGCAAAGAUCCCCUGCCUGUUAUAUUUUUCAUUCACGCCGGAGGGUACUACUCGAUGUCAGGCCGCAGUGACCUCGCCGGACCUCACUAUUUACUGGACAGAGAUAUCGUCCUUGUUACCAUUAACUAUCGAAUCGGAUCACUAGGAUUUCUUAGUACAGGUGACGCAUUAGCUCCCGGUAACAAUGGGUUUAAAGACCAAGUAGUUGCUCUACGGUGGGUACAAAGGAAUAUACGAUCGUUCGGUGGAGAUCCUGACCUCGUUACGCUGGCAGGCUGCAGCGCUGGUUCCUCCAGUGUGCUGUUGCAUAUGGUGUCACCAAUGUCGGCAGGUUUAUUCCACCGUGGCAUAUCCAUAAGUGGAUCUCCAAUUACCAAAGUACCACUAGCACAGGAUAUGCUAGAUCUUGCACAAAAACAAGCGCGUAUACUAAAUUGUCCAACAAAUUCAUCAGAGGCAAUUAUUGAGUGCUUAAAAACGAAGUCUGGAAAAGAAAUUGGAGAAUCGUUGAAUUCAUUCUAUGAUUUUGGAUAUGACCCAUUAUUAAUAUGGUCUCCAAUAGUGGAGCCCGAUUUUGGACAAGAGCGUUUCCUUACAAUGGAACCAAUGGAAGCGAUACGCACGGGCAAAAUGCAUGCGGUACCCUUCAUCGUUAGUCGGACUACAGAUGAGUUUUUCUGGAAGGCUUUUACUAUCCUUAAUAACGAAACACUUCUAAACACAAUGAACAACGAGUGGGAGCGUAUAGCACCAAUAUCAUUUGCACUACCUCCAGAAAACUCGGAAGAAACAGUAGAUAGAUUGAGGCAGGAGUACUUCAAGGGAAAGAAGCUGGUUAAUGAUGAGACCACUGCUAGAGCCUUGGGAAAUUUGUACGGCGACACACUAAUUGGGUUCCCUGUACACAGAAUGGCUAACCUCAUGUGCCGCCAUUCCCCACACAAAGUGUACUAUUAUGAAUUUGCGUAUAUUGGCGAUCACAGCCACUACGAAGAUCCUGUGACCAAGAAACCAAGUGCUGCCGCGCACCAUGACGAUCUGAUCUACUUAUUCACCUUAAGCUACCGUUACCCCACCAUCGAAGUGAGUAACAGCAGCGACUCCCAAAUGGUGGACAAGAUGACUGCUAUUUGGUACAACUUUGCUAAAUAUGGAGAUCCAAACCCUCGUGACUCCGAGUUUCCUGAAAUAUCUUCAUUACAAUGGCCACCCAUGACGCCGACUGACCGUCAAUACCUGAGGGUCGGAGACCAGUUUUCAGUACAUGAAAACCUAUUUGAAGAUCGUAUGAAGAUAUGGGAGGAGUUAUACUCUGUGUUGUAUUGAUAGACUGUAUUUACUAUUAGUUAAUUAGUUGCAAUGCUAGAAGCUGUCUGUCUGUUCGGGGUAUCAUCAUCAUCAUAAUUUCAGCCCGGAAGACAUCCACUGCUUAACAAGGUCUCGUCCAGAAAUCUCCACGGAGAUCUGUCGCUGCUCGCGUCCAAUGCUUUCCAGCGAUCUUGACCUGUUCGGGGUAUACCAAAACUAUGACGAUGAUGUCCUUCUUAUCGUAAAUUCGGCAACAGCAACUCACUGUUGUUUCCU